AUGACGAGCAAUGUUCUCAUCGUCGGCGCGACGCGGGGUCUCGGUGCAUCCCUCGCGACGCUGUACACGCAGAGGCCUGAUCACCAUGUCGUCGGCACGACACGAGCCGCCAACUCACCUGCAACGCCUGACAUCAACUGGUUGGUAGGGAUCGAUGCCUCCAAGCCAGAUGUGGGUGAGAUGAUUACUUCUGGGGCAAAAAACUUGAAGUUCUCGACAGUCAUCAUCUCGGCGGGCUACUUUGGCUUUGAAACCUUCGACACGCCAGAUUGGGACAAGCAGGUCCAGAUGUACACCACCUCUGCAAUUGGGCCAGUCUUUAUCGUUCACCAUCUCGUGAAGGCUGGGCUUCUGGGGGAGGGAGGCAAGGUGAUUCUUGUCAGCAGCGAGGGUGGGAGCAUCACUCUCCGGCAUGAGAAAGAAGGCGGAGGAAAUUUUGGUCACCAUGCUAGCAAAGCUGCACUGAACAUGGUUGGCAAACUGCUGAGCUUGGAUCUUAAGCAAAAGGGAAUUGCGGUCGGCCUGGUCCACCCGGGAUUUAUGCGGACGGAGAUGACGAAGAGUGUUGGGUUCGACAAGUACUGGGACAUCGGUGGAGCUGUGACCCCCUACGAAGCCGCUAAAACCCUGGCGUCCUUUAUCGACGGAUUCGAUAUCAGCAAGACCGGCGAGUUCUGGGCCCCCAGAGGACCAGGUGACAUUGGAACUGCAGAAGAUGUCCUCGGAAAGGGCCUUCCCACUCCCCUGCAAUUGCCCUGGUAA